GCUGUUUCCUGCUUCACAACCAAAACAUUGCCGGAGCGCCAUCAUGGUUCCGCUGCACUGACUUUUUAAUCGUAUUUUCGGUGCUAUGCUCCAACUCAACGACACGGUGGAGCCGGAAAGUCCGGGAGUGGCGGUUCUCCACCCGGCGGACACAGAGGACGGGGUGGAGGUGGCCUUCACGCCGCCGGAGGUGGGACUCCGCGGGCUGGGCCGCGGAGCCUCGGUGGCGGCCUGCUGCCCUCCGCUACAAACCCUGACGCCGUUUCACGUCCACAAUCCCACCAUGCAGGCUAAAGUCAAGGACUACUUCGUCUUCAGGCCCGGAACCAUCGAACAGGCCGUGAACGACAUCAGGACCGUGGCUCUGCCUUCAGAGGACGGAGAGGUUCUCAGUGUCUGGUUGCUGGCCGAAAUCGACCACUGGAACAAUGAGAAGGAGAGACUUGUGCUCAUAACUGAUCGGUCACUGCUUGUGUGUAAGUACGACUUCAUCAACCUGUUGUGUCAUCAGGUCAUCAGGAUCUCCCUCAAUGCUGUGGACACCAUCUCAGUGGGCGAGUUCGAGUUUCCUCCCAAAUCACUUAACAAGAGAGAAGGAUAUGGGAUCCGUGUUCAAUGGGACAAACGUCCUCGGGCUUCGUUCUUUAACCGAUGGAACCCCUGGUCCACUGAUAUGCCCUAUGCCACCUUCACAGAGCACCCCAUGGCCCACGCCGAUGAGAAAGUGGCUUCUCUCUGCCAGUUGGACAACUUCCGGACCCAGCUGGUGCAGGCGGUAAAGAAAGCCCAUAAAGACAACCCCAUCCCGGGACGGGCCAACGGUGUUCUGAUUCUGGAGAGACCUCUUCUCAUCGAAACCUAUCUGGGCAUCAUGUCCUUCAUCAACAACGAAGCCAAGCUGGGAUACUCCAUGACCCGAGGCAAGAUCGGCUUUUAAACAUCCAG